AUGGAGAAUACAUUCUACCGGUCAUCAUCCUGUAUUUCUCAAUAUGAGGAUUCCAACGACGACAUGGGCCUCAACGAGGAGCACAUGCUCGAGAGCGUCAAACGCAGCCUCAAAGUCCGUCUCAUCAAAGUCCUACAGAUCCACCAAUGGAUUCUAACCACAGAAACAGCGGCACGGGCAGGUCGCGUCGUCUCAUUCUUGAUACCAAGUUUCUUUCACGGCUCCGAGGCCUACGAUAGUCGACCCCUCACUUCUUCCCUUGACGAUCUGAGAGGAUAUGCCGCUUUUGCUGUCAUGAACUACCGCAUACUCUACGCCUACCAGAAUAUCGUUUUCUACGGCUAUGGCCUACCCCAAGAAGCAUUAGCAAGUUCAUGUGCGCGACCUGAGGAUUCCCAUGCCAAAACGAACUGGAUCAUCCAACUGCCCAUUUUACGACUACCCUUCACAGGGACAUGGGCAAUCUCAGUUUUCUACGUUAUCUCCGGCUUUUCUCUGUCCUACAAGCCACUCAAGGCAUCUCGGGAACACCCUAUCCCACGGGGGGUGGCCCAGUCUGGCAGACUGGGGGUUAUGGUUUUCUCUUAA